GUCCACCCCCCUUCUCCUGCUUCUUGGACAUCUCAUCGAAGGGAUCAACCUCGGAGGGAUCAGAGAGCAACAGGGAGUAGGGAGGGAGAGAGGGCUUGUCGGGGGUCCGUCUCUUGGAUGGGCGAGGCCUCCGGCGACGAUGAUUCCUCCUACCCUUUCUCCGUCACGACGCCGCAGCCGCCGCCGCCGCCGCCGCCGAAGAAGCUGUCGGUGCUCCCCUUGAUCGCCCUCAUCUUCUACAAUGUCUCCGGCGGCCCCUUUGGCGUCGAGGACUCCGUCUCGGCCGGCGGCGGACCCCUCCUAUCCCUCCUUGGCUUCCUCGUUUUCCCCUUCCUGUGGAGCCUCCCUGAGGCCCUCGUCACCGCGGAGCUGGCCGCCAGCUUCCCGGAGAAUGGUGGAUACGUGCUUUGGAUCUCCUCCGCCUUUGGCCCCUUCUGGGGAUUCCAGGAGGGAUUCUGGAAGUGGGCCAGCGGCACCAUGGACAACGCCCUCUACCCCGUCCUUUUCCUCGACUACCUCUGCCAGUCCCUCCCAUUCUUCGCCCGCCCGGCCGCCCGCACUCCGGCCCUCCUCGUCCUCACGGCAGGCCUGACCUUCCUCAACUACCGCGGCCUCAACAUCGUCGGCCUCGCCGCCGUCGCCCUCACCGCCUUCUCCCUCUCCCCCUUCGUCGUCAUGGCCCUUCUCGCCCUCCCCCGCCUCCGCCCCCGCCGCUGGCUCGCCGUGGACCUCAAAAGAGCCAACUUUAGAGGUUACUUCAACAUCAUGUUCUGGAAUCUCAACUACUGGGACAAGGCAAGCACCCUCGCCGGCGAGGUCGAGGACCCGAGCCGAUCCUUCCCCAAGGCCCUCUUCGGGGCCGUCAUCCUCGUGAUGGCUUCGUACCUGAUUCCAUUGCUCGCCGGUACGGGGGCUAUGGACGCGUCCAUCACCGAGGAGUGGAAAGACGGGUACUUUGCGCAGGUUGGGAUGGUGAUCGGGGGAGCGUGGCUCCGAUGGUGGAUCCAGGCAGCCGCGGCCAUGUCGAACAUGGGUUUGUUCGAGGCCGAGAUGAGCAGCGAUUCAUUCCAGUUGCUUGGUAUGAGCGAGAUGGGGAUGCUGCCGGCAAUAUUUGCAGAGAGAUCGAAAUAUGGCACUCCAACCAUUAGCAUCCUAUGCUCUGCAACUGGGGUCAUACUAUUAUCAUGGAUGAGCUUUCAGGAGAUUGUGGAGUUCCUUAAUUUCUUGUACUCAUUGGGAAUGCUUCUUGAGUUUGCUGCAUUCAUAAAACUCAGAAUAAAGAAGCCAGAUCUCCACAGGCCAUAUAAGAUUCCGGUAGAAACCUUUGGCGCAGUGAUUAUUUGUGUACCUCCCACUAUUUUGCUUGUCCUUGUUAUGUGUCUGGCUUCAAUGAGGACUUUUAUUGUGAGCGGGAGUGUUAUGCUUGGUGGGUUUCUUUUAUAUCCUGCUAUUGAGCACAUGAGGAAUAAAAAUUGCAUUAAGUUUCUCAACACAACUCUGCCACCUGAGGGUUGUUCCAACACUCCUCAAGUGCAAAAUCAGGAUGUUGUUGAUGAGGCUUCCGUAAGCUUUUUGCCAGACCAUUCCUGUGUCAAGAAGGAACUACAAGACCUUGAAAUUAAUUCAGAUGGGAUCUUGGAUAAGGAGUGAAAGAGAUUUCAACACUUCAAGUGCACUGAUCAACUUGAGUUAUCUAAGCCUUUAAUGUAUCACAUUUAUGUUAAUAUGUAUCCUUAUAAUAAUUUUGGUACAGAGGAUGCAAAGUUUGGCAAAGUAUUUUACUUUCCUCUCUAUCUUUUACAUUUUUGGUUUCCAUCUAUAUCAAAAGUUAAACCCCCUUGCAUGACAUCAUGUUUUAAGCUCUUUCAUUUAAUAGUUAAAUGUCCUUAACUGGCACAAUAUUUCUGUGGCUAUUCCAUAUUGAGCUUUCCAAGAGUUCUUCCAUCACAAGGAAACUAUUCCGCAAACAAGGUGGAAUAAUUGACUUUUUCUGGACUUUCUUCCUAGGAACAGCAUCCCAUGUAGUAUGCCCCCCGAAACAUCAAUUAGUACUAUUGAUUUAAAUAGUAAACAAAUGGAAGCUUAAAAUAUCGUAGAGUUCGGAGUUAAAAUUUUGAAAGACAGACAUAAUAUUUAGCAGUGAUGAUAUUAAUUAGACAGGUAAACUGAUGAAAGAAGUAUUUAACACUAUAGGGAUGUGAACAAUGGUAAAUGUGUAGAUUCAUAUAAGAAAACUCUGAAAAAGCAAUGAAGCAAAAUGUCUUGCUUUUGGGAGAAGUACUUUGGUAAAAAAUUCAGCAGGACAAGAGGAUAUGAAAGCUAAGGAUGCAUAAGAGUUUGGGAGUAUCCUAACUUCCUAGAAUAUAAAAAUGAAAGGUAUAAAUAAUUAGCAUCACUUUUCAACUUAAACUUUAUGUAGAUUUUGUACCCUGAGUUUAUUGUUUGAUCUUUACCCCAAGAAGAGGGAGGUAGUUUGAGCAGAUCUAGUUAGUCUUCUUAGUAUUUAGGGAUUGGUUUACAUAUAUUUAACCUUUAGGUGCUUUCAUUUUGUUUGUUCUGAAAUUUUGUAUCGCUGAAUUCCUGUACCAAUUGUGGUUCAGAGUCCACAGAAAUAACGACAAUUUUGUAAUUGUUCUAACAGAACCAAUAGACAGAGCGAGAAUUUUGCCUUCUCUUUCUUUGGUGAUGGUGGUUAAAUGACCCGGAUCCGAUCUUAAUAACUCUUAUGCUUUUAUGUUGCUUUAAAAAGUAUGAGACCAGGUAUCCUUCAAAUUUUUGCUCUUAGGAUGGUCUUUUUUAGGGUGCCAAGGUUCAUUCACAUAUGUAUUGUCUUCUUAAUAAAGUAGAGUGCACUAAUCCAGGAAAGAAGGUACUAGGAUUGUUCUUAGUUUCCAAUGUUAAUCGAGCACCAAGUUCUUCAGUUACCAAGAUUUGAUAUUCAGAAGAAAGGUCAGAUGCAUUUUUCUGAUGUUUUGGUAAAUUACAAAGUAACUCAUACAACUUUAUUAGAUUGGCAUGCUUGUGUUUUCUGAUAAACUUGAUAUAAACUUGAUGCUAAUAAUCUCACAUGUUCAAACUGUAAACACUUGUCCUCCACAUCCUCUGUUUUAGCUCCAUUUUUAUUGUUUUGACAUGAGUAAUUCGGUGUUGAAUUAGCUUUUGUCUUAAAUUUGCAGUUAAGUUGUUUAGUGUGUCAAAUACAUUCUUUUUUAUGCAAACUUGUGAGUGUUGGUAACCAUUUCUUUUUUAUGCUACCAUUAUCCU